AAACCUCACCCCCUUAACGUGAUCCUGUGUCUUCCUCCCUCCCUCCCUCCCUCCCUCCCUCCCUCCCUCCCUCCCAUCCUCCCUCCCUCUCUCCAGUUGUCUGUGUCCAGUAGCAGGGAUGCUGUGCUGCAGUUAUCAGUGUUUGACCACCGGGAGGUGCAGUUUGACAACUUCAGCUCGUGCUCAGUGAACUGGCUGACCUCCAACUACUCCCUGCUGUCCCUGCCCUCACACACACACAUGGGCCUGGUAGACUCACACACACCCAGCAGCCACAGCAGACUACACGGUCAGUGUGUUCAUUACUUGGUCAGCCUAGUGGAGAUCCAGGCACAAUAGAGAUUGUGUGUGUGUGUGUUGACGGGAUUUCAAUAGAAUCACAAUGAGAGGCCGUGUUGUCAGGCCCCUAACAUUUUCAGAAGUGGAUGCUGAUAGGCUGUGUGUGUACAUGCUGAGUUCUGAUUGGUUGUCUCUGUGUUGCAGGUCGUCAGGUACUCCGCGCCCACGAUCAAACAGGGACAGUCACCAUCACUGUGGCCCUCACACCUGCACAGGUAAUAGUGUGUGUAUUAAAACUGUGUGUGUGUUUGUCUUUGCGUAUGUAUUAUAACUGUGUGUGUGUGUGUGUGUGUUGUAUUGUAGGACUCAUGGGCCACACCUCUGACUGCGUCUGUGCAUCUGAGACUGGUGGAGGACGUGCAGUGGGACAAACGUGCUAUAACCCUCUAUAACCACCCUGACGUCACUGUGAGUGUUAUAAAGCCUUUAUAACUACUCUGACAUCAUUGCCAAUGCCACUGUGAAUAACCUAGCAGAUGUAAUGCAUGACUUUCCCCUCUCUCUCUAUCUCCUCUCUCAUCUCUAUCUCGCUCUCUAGGAGAACCUGACAUUGGUUCAGGGUUCAGGACACUUCUUGGUUCGUCUUCAGGACAGAGAGCUGGCCAACAUCACUUACCUGGAGAACAGCAAUGUUGUACAGGUGGCACACAGAAACUCACAUAGUCUUGUACAGCUAACUUUGUGGGGACACACAAUUCAGUCACAUUCAAAAUCCAAUUUUCUCUAACCCCUAAACCUAACCCGUACUCUUACCCUUACCCUAACCUUAACCCAAAAACCUAACCUUAACCCUUAACGUAAUUCUAACCCUAACACUAAUUCAAACCUUAACCCUAAACCCGCUAGAAAUAGCAUUUGACCUCGUGGGGACAAACAAAAUGUCCCCAGUUGGUCAAAUUUCUGUUUGUUUACUAUUCUUGUGGGGACUUCUGCACAAGAAUAGUUAAACACGUCCACCGUUAACACACACACACACACACCAUUAACACACACACACACACACACUCACCAUUAACACACACACAUUGCCCAAAGCAAGGAGUUCUGACUACUGUCCACAGAGUGCCGCUAACUCAGGCUUGUGUUGUCUCUUAGGUGUCUCCCCUGCGGCCCGGCCUCUCCUCCAUCCUGGCCUAUGACCUGUGUUUGAUCUCUGCUGACCCUGCCGUGACCUCCAUCUCUGUCUCUGACAUCACUGACUUCCAGAUAGACUUUGUUGACAUUGUGAGUGUCCUCUCAUUCUGUUGUAUGAAGGAGAGUUGCUCUUUACAACCAUCCUGGAUUAUAAAACACCACAUUUCGUACAUGCGUGUCUGUAUGUGUGUGUGUGUGUCUCUGUGUGUGUCUCUGUGUGUGUGUGUCAGGUGGAGGUAGACCACAGUGCUCUGGUUCGUGUGCGUGUUCUAGACUCUAACAGACAGCCCUUCCUACAUCGCUACCUUCCUCUGAUGCAGCUCAAACUGACCCCCUCCUCACCUAUCGUCACUGUGGAGUGAGUACCUGUGUGUGUGUGUUCAUUUUGUCUGUUAUGUCCAUAUUCCUAAGAAACAUUUCACUGGCUAGAGAGGUUAUGUCUGAAAUAUGUUGUCAACCUGUUACAUAAACGUGUGUGUGUAGGCAUGCAGGGCCGUUGGACAGCGUCUCCGUAGGUUACCGUGUGUCAGGUCAGACAGUGGGUGUGGUCAGUCUUCACCUGUCUGCAGUGGACAGCAGUGGGAGUGUACGGACCUCCUCUCACAAACAGCUACAGGUAGACAACCAAUCGUAA